UAACCCGCAUUUGUGUCUAUAAUUAGCUUGCAAGAAAAAAAGCUAUAAAAAGCAAAUUGAGCUUAGCAGCAAGCAAUGAUAAUAAUUAUUAUCAUGCAUAGGAUAGGAACAAGAACAUAUCUAUCUCUAGUCUAUAAUUAUGUCUCUGUUUUAUGAAGCUAUGACUUAGAUAUAAUUGCUUCUAAUUGUGAAUGCUGAAUUUUGACCCAUCCUAUUUUGAAUCUACACUCACAAUUAACCCAAUUAAAAGUUUCCCCCCAAAAAAAAAAAACAUAUUUAUUAUCUUCAUCAAAAUUGGUCAUGAUAUGGUCCUUGUACAACAUUAUUCACAAUUCGCUGGCUAAUCACAAGCUGCUUCUGAAUUCAUUUCCCCAGUUCUUAGCACAAUCAAUUCAAUUUACUAGCUAGGACCUCCCCUGUUUUUUCUGCUGAUUUCUUAGACAGGGAGGGACAGAGCAAUGAAAACUAUGGAUUCUGCCACAGCAGAAGACCAUGCAAAAUAAAAAUGGUCAAGAAAACUGCAGACAAAUUUUCUGCAACCAAAUCAGCAUGUGAGAUAUUAAAAACCAAUUCAUUUGAUCAAAUAUGUUUUUGUGAAUGUUUAAUCCAAAUGGAUUUGAAAUAAAGUGGAAACAAGAAAUCAUUUACUGGCCAUGCAUAGUUGGAUUUGCAACCACUUAUGGGAGAGAACAGUGAUUGUCUGCUGACUGCAAGUAAGUGGAGAAGUGCAGGGUUGAGAGAAUUCACAAAAAAAACAGAACAAAAAUCUAAAGGAAAGAAAAAAAAAAUUAUAGCAAAAAAAAAAAAUAUAGGCGUGGGCAUAAAUUCCGUUGCCUGUUGUACCUGUCUGUGCUGUGCUGUACUGUGGAGAAAGAUUUUUGCACAGAAAAAAUAAAAAUGGCAAGGCAAGGCAUUUCAAUAUCAUCAUCCUUAUUCACUUCAUAAUGCCUGCAAUCAUGAUUCUUGGUUGCCUCACCCGCAUGCCCCUCUAACCUCACUACCCCUAGCUACCUUCUCCAAUCUCCAUCCAUCCCACUCUCUCUCUCUCUCCUUUCUCACUCUCUCACUCCUCACACCCACCUACCUAUAAAUUCCACACACCCCACCUCUCUCUCUCAUCUCUCAAUUCCUCACAAACUUCUCACUCCACAAACCCUUCUCUCUUUCCAUUUUUCUCUAUCCUACUAGCUUUUGCUACUUGUAUCCACUUGUUCAUUCAUUUGGGUACUUUCAUUUUGGUGCUUUUUCAAUUGGGUACUUGUUUGUUUUUGUGUUUGUGUGCCAAAAAAAAAAAAGCAACCCAAAUGGCUGUGUCUGGUUUUGAAGGGUUUGAGAAGCGCUUGGAGCUACACUUCUUUGGGGAUGACCCUAAAAAUAUGGGCACUCUUGGGCUUGGCCUAAGGCUUCUUGACUUUGACUCCAUCCAAGAAGUCCUAGAUGAGGUCCAAUGCACUGUGGUCUCGGCCGUAGCCAAUCACUACUUCGAUGCCUACGUGUUAUCCGAGUCCAGCCUCUUCGUCUACCCUACCAAGAUCAUCAUCAAGACCUGUGGGACCACCCAGCUCCUCAAAUCCAUCCCUCCCCUCCUCCGCCACGCGUCGCUCGAUCUCGGCCUCACCCUCUCCUCCUGUCGCUACACCCGCGGGAACUUUAUCUUCCCAAGAGCCCAGCCCUUUCCCUACACCAACUUCCAAAACGAGGUCGUUUACUUGGAAGAGUCUCUCCCCGCUGCUCUCUGCUACCGCAAGGCCUCCGUCAUGCCCUCCAAAACCCCCUCGCACGCCUGGCACGUGUUCUCCGCGUCCACCCAGAACACGACGUGUCGUUUCGGAGACAGCGACGAAGACGAUUUCUACACCCUCGAAAUCUGCAUGACCGAGCUCGACCGCGACCUCGCCCGCAACUUCUUCCGCCGUCCCGGCGACGACAAGAACGGUGAUUCCGCCGGCAAAGAGAUGACGGAGCUCACGGGGAUUUCCCAAAUUAACCCUAGGGCUCUGAUCUGCGACUUCGCAUUCGACCCUUGCGGCUACUCCAUGAACGGGAUCGACGGCGAUCGCCACUCGACGAUCCACGUCACUCCGGAAGACGGCUACAGCUACGCGAGCUUCGAGUGCGUCGGGUCGGUCUACGACGACCGCGAAGACGUCGUUCGGAUGCUGAAGAAGGUCGUGCAGGUGUUCCGGCCGGCGACAAUGUCCGUGUCGACCACGUGCGAGAGCCACGAGGUGUGGACACGUGUCGCGGGGGCAUUGGAGCCGCUGGGGUUCAAGUGCCGGAGCUGCGCAGCAGAUGAGUUCCCGGCUGCCGGAACGGUGGUGUAUCAAACGUUCGUGGAUCGCCGGAGUAAUAAUUACAAUAAUAAAUCGUAAUUAAGUGGGGGUAUUUAAAUUUUAAUUAGAAAUUAGGUGAAAAUUUUAGAGGGAUCGGACGGCGGAGGUGCGAGAAGAAGACGACGAUGAUAAAAAUGGUAGAAAGAGAAAAGUGGGGAUGUGGUGGGGAUAAGUAGUAGAGAUGAUGUGGAAGCAUUGGAUGAAAAAGGGGGGUUUGUUACUACUUGGGGGUAUGAUAAGUAAGCGGUAGCAUGAUGAUAAUGCACCCCACUUAGGCAUGUCACGCCUAAGAUUUUGAGGUUUGUGGUGGUAGUAGUAGUAGUGGGGAUUAAAAGUGCUUCUUUGUUGAGAGGUUUACUUGGAAGUUUUCUUUCUUCUAUUCUCAUCUCUUAUUCUAUUCAUUUUCUUUCAUUUCCUACUUCCUUUUUAGGGAUUUUUUUCCGUUCCCUUCCCUUGUCUCCUUGUCCAUGUGUUUUGUUGCUAAUUACUUCAUCAAAGAACAAAUCCCUUUUUACAUGUAGCGAACGGACG